ACAGGCGCGGCCGCCACAGAACAGCACUUGCGCGCACAGCUCGAGCUCCUCCAGAACCACGAUUCCGCUGCCUCGUCAGCCUCGCCCACCUCGAGCGCGCGCGAUCCCCGAGGCCCUCCGUCGCGGCCCCCGAAUGGAUACGACGCCCUGCCGCCUCAAGACGUCGCCCGCCCCCUCGCCAAGCUAGACGCUGAAGCGCACAUCCACCCCGACCUCCGCGCCUCCGUCGGCCACGCGCCCGCCGCCAACAUGAUGCCCAUGGUCCCUCCCGCCGGCCACAGCCCCGGUCCCGCCGUUCCGGGGCCCUCAGCCGUGCCGCUGGCCCCCGCGCCGCCGCAGCAGAUGCCCGUAGACGACUCCAACCCAGCCGACGGUCGCAAGGCGAAGCGCGAGCUGUCGCAGUCCAAGCGCGCCGCCCAGAACCGAGCUGCUCAGCGAGCUUUCCGCCAGCGCAAGGAGGGCUACAUCAAGAAGCUCGAGCAGCAGGUUAGAGACCUGGCCGAUUUGGAGCUCUCGUACAAGUCGAUGCAAUCCGAAAACUACGCGCUUCGGGAAUACGUGAUCCACCUCCAAUCUCGACUGCUCGAUACGCAGGGCGAAUUCCCGCCGCCUCCCCCCAACGUGAACCUCUCGCAGCCGUCGACUGCCGCGCCGCCUCCACCGACCGCUCCCGAGCAGCACCACCAGCAGCACCCUCACCAGCACCAGCAACCUCCGCCGCCGCAGCCGACCAACAGCAGCAACUCGGGUGUCGGCACGCCUCUUGAGGCCGUUGCGCAGGCCGUUGCCGGUCUGGCCGCCCAGGAACAGAUGGUUGAGCGCGCGCAGACGUACCCCAGC